AUAUGAUUGUUCAUUGAAGAAGCACGUCUGAUAGGCGUCGACAUACUUCUUCGGGCCAGUUUUUAAUUUUCUGGCUCAUCAUCGGUUGUUUUACGUGUUAGUGGUGUUAAAUAAUAACCAUCAGCCAUGGCGCUAAGCGACGCAGAUGUUCAAAAGCAGAUCAAGCAUAUGAUGGCCUUCAUCGAACAAGAGGCCAAUGAAAAGGCUGAAGAAAUCGAUGCAAAGGCCGAAGAAGAGUUCAACAUUGAGAAGGGUCGCCUUGUGCAGCAACAGCGACUCAAGAUCAUGGAAUAUUACGAGAAAAAAGAGAAGCAGGUUGAACUGCAAAAAAAGAUCAAUUCAUCGAACAUGCUGAACCAGGCCCGUCUGAAGGUGCUCAAAGUGCGUGAGGAUCAUGUGCGCACAGUACUGGAUGAGGCCCGCAAGCGCCUGGCCGAGGUGCCUCAGGACAACAAGAUGUAUUCCGACCUGCUCGUCACUCUCAUUGUGCAGGCUCUGUUCCAGCUGGUUGAACCAACCGUGACCCUCCGCGUGAGGCAGGUGGACAAGGGUGUAGUGGAGGCGAUCCUGGGCCGCGCUCAGAAUGACUACAAGGAGAAGAUCAAGAAGGAUGUCCAGCUCAAGGUUGAUGCUGAGAACUAUCUGGCUGCGGACACUUGCGGUGGAAUUGAGCUCAUAGCCGCUAAAGGACGCAUCAAGAUUUGCAACACGCUGGAGUCGCGGCUGGAGCUCAUAGCGCAGCAGCUGCUGCCGGAGAUCCGCACGGCGCUGUUCGGACGCAACCCUAACCGUAAAUUCACCGACUAGGUGCACACUUUCACUAUUUAAUCUUAUAUUAGUAGACAUUUAAAUACUACUAAGUGUUUUUUCCUUUGCCUAAUUAUAUAUAAAAUAUAAAUGCGUACAAUAGUAUCGCUCUUUUAAAUGUAAUAUUGGAGAAUGAAUAAUUGAGUUAUAUAUUUGAAAACGGUUAAUGUGUGAACAUGCAUGUUAUCUGACCUGGCUUCGCCCACUACACUCGAAAUACGUGUCGUACAUUAGUUUCGCCUUAUGUUUAAUUAAUAUAUAAAAUAUUUAAUUAAUACAAUUCAUUGUAGAUCCCCGUAUAUUUGAAGGGGUAGUUGAUAGGAUAUAUUCAUAAAAUUAUAUUCAUGUUUCAAAUAAAUGUUACCUAAUGUUAGCACUAUAUAUGAAAUUGAAAUCUUCCAGUUAUUAAAUAGUUGUUUCUGUGGCAUUUUAAAGGGAUUUGAGUGUUGUAAGGUGUAAGGAUGACUGCAGCAUCCUAUGCUAUGUUCAAAUAAAUCGAUGUAAAGAUUUAUCUGUGCGCAGUGUAGAGUCAGCCUAAUACCUUGCAACACGUUCCUUGUCCUGGCAGUACUAAGUCCGGCUUAUAAUAGCUAUAUAACAAUGUACAAUCCCCACAGCACUGUUAAAAUUCUUAUGUAAAUAUAUAGAUGUGUUGAAA